AUGUCUACGACUGCAACAUCAUCCUUGGUUGAUGUGCAAAACCCUUUGGAAAUAGCAUCGGCUUUGGCUGGUGCACCGGCCUCUUUGGAGGCAGCAUCAGCUUUGGCUGGUGCACCGGCCUCUUUGGAGGCAGCAUCAGCUUUGGCUGGAGCACUGGCCUCUUCGGAGGCAGCAUCAGCUUCGGGUGGUGCACCAGCUUCUUUGGAGGCAGCAUCAGCUUUGGCUAGCGCACCAGCCCCUUUGGUGGCAGCAUCAGCUUUGCCUGGUGCACCUGCCUCUUUGGAGGCAGCAUCAGCCUUGGCUGAUGCAUCAACCUCUUCGGAGGCAGCAUCAGCUUUGGCUGAUGCAUCAGUUUCUUUGGAAGCAGCAUCAGUUUUGACUGGUGUAAAUGAUUUGGAAUAUACGUCUGUCCUUGCUGAUGUGCAUGCCUCUUUUGGGGGGUCGCCCUCCUUGGCUGAUGCAAUGGCUUCUUGGGAGCCUGGAACACCAGCUACAGAGGCAGCCAGCCAAGAACCAGAAGUUGCUUCCUGUGUGCAGGUAACAAUGCCAGUCCCAAAAAGAAAGGAGGCUGAGGGUGGCAGGCAGUCUCCCUCUAAGAAAAAGCAAAGCAGGAUUCCCCAAAUUCCUGGCAACCCUACGAAGACAAAAUAUCUUCAAAGAGGCCCUAUUAUCAAGGCCUCUAAACUCAAGUAA